GAAAACCGAGAUACCCGACCUGUAAACAAAAACUCUGCAUCGUCCCCGCUUCAUGUUACACUCAGCUUCUGGGCCUUCAACAUGGUAUCGCACACCUGGAUUUUAAUGCUGAUUUACACGUGUACAGGUGUUUUAUCAGUACUGGGCUCGGUUCAUCGCUAUAAAAGAUCUACCAGUUGUGCUAAGAAGUUUCAGGUUAUUCCAAAUCAUUCUGCAUGUUUACAAAAAUCAUCAGAGGCGACCAAUUCAGGUGUAUCCGAAGAAGACAAGAAAUCGAUUGUAGAUAAACAUAAUGAAUUCAGAUCGGGCGUACAGCCAACAGCGGUCAUCAUGGCGAAAAUGUAUUGGGAUGAUGAAAUAGCAUUGAUUGCUCAGAGUUAUGCUGAUGCUUGUAAAGGACUCGUACACGAUGGAGGACGACAGCGCAGUAUUCCUGGUCGUUUUUCUGUGGGUCAGAACUUAGCAAGUGCGUCAUACGACCUUGGAUGGCCUGGUGUAGUGACGCUAUGGCACGACGAGGUGAAAGACUUCACUCUGGGGGGAAGUAAUGUUUUGUCUAAAGUGGGUCACUAUACACAGGUUGUCUGGAAAGAUUCCAUAAAAAUUGGAUGUGGGUUUGCUGUCUGUGGGUCAACGAGAAGCUAUGUUUGUAAUUAUGGACCAGGGGGUAACUUGGACAUCAACAACCCCUAUACAUCUGGCGCGGCGUGUAGUGGAUGUCCAACAAGCUGUAGAAAUAGUCUAUGUGACUGCCAAGGAAAGGUUUGCGAAAAUGGAGGUACAAUGGAUUUCAAUACGUGCACAUGCUCGUGUAAAACUCCAUCUACUACAUACCUUGCCCCGUCCUGCCAAUUAAACUGCACAGGACAAAAAGAUCCAUUUUUCUGUGGUUCACAGUUCACACCAGACAUGUGUGACAGAUUCACCAAUGUGCCAUCGGACUGUCCCACGAUGUGUCAAGUUUGCCCAUAUGCAGGUAUUAGCUUUCAGCCAGGUAGCGGACAGAUUAAGGCGGAGCCUCAUACAAAGUUAUCGUUCUUGUUCACAGUUUUCCUCAUCGUUCUACAGUUUAUUAUUUUAGAUAAUAAGACGCGGAACGCUGAUUUUCAGUUUCUGUUAGGGAAGAAGGAAACUUCUAAGAAAAAAAAAAAAAAAGAAUCUCUGCUAUCGUUACUCAAACCAACAUACCCCAGCCGUCAGACUUUCAGAAUGGGCCCGGGACCACGAACCUGCGUCGUGCUGCUGAUGUGUGUAUGUUCUUUAUUCUUUGCGAGUGCCGACGACCGCCUAUGGAACAAUUGUGCAAAGAAGUAUCAAGUUAUUCCUAACCAUUCUGCUUGUCUACAGAGGUCACCAAUGGCUAGAGACUCAGGUAUUUCAGAAGAAAAUAAGAGAAUCAUUGUUAAUAAACAUAAUGAAUUCAGAGCGGAUGUGCAACCGGCAGCAGUCGCCAUGGCUAAAAUGUACUGGGACGAUCAGAUAGCAAUAAUCGCCCAGAGGUAUGCUGACGCAUGUAAAGGACUCGUACACGACGGUAAAAGACAACGCAGCAUUCCUGGUCGUUUUUCUGUUGGACAAAAUUUGGGAAGCACUUCAGAAGACAUGAACUGGGAAGAAAUAGUGACACUUUGGCAUGAUGAGGAAGCAGACUUUACACUGGGAGGGAGAAAUGAUCCCUCUAAAGUCGGUCACUAUACACAGAUUGUGUCGGCUACGUCUACAAGGAUUGGUUGUGGUUUUGCUGUCUGUGGUUCAAUGAGAAGCUUUGUUUGUAAUUAUGGACCAAGUGGAAACAAGGAUUUAAACAACCCCUAUGAAUCUGGAACUGCAUGCAGCGAUUGUCAAGGAAGCUGCAAGAAUAAAUUGUGUGACUGUCAAGGAAAGGUAUGUGAAAAUGGAGGUACGAUGGACUUCAACACCUGUACCUGUACAUGCAAACCUCCGCGUACAACCUACAUAGGUCCAACAUGUCAAUUAAACUGUACCGGCCAGAGGGACCCACCGCAAUGUGGCAGACAAUUUACCCGUCAGUCCUGUGAAACGUACUCUAAUGUACCCGAGGACUGCCCCACCAUGUGUCAAGUGUGUCCCUAUGCUGGUAUCGGAUAUGAGGGAAGCGGAACGUGGUUGCAGCCUUGUGUACAGUUAUCGUUCUUGUCUAUUUCUCUUGUUCUAUACUUUACUCUGUGACCUUCGUUGACACUUUAUUUUUCUUUUUGAGAAAUCUAUCUGAAUAUGCAAUCUGUAGUAUUUUGGACGCAAGUUACGUUAAAAGGAACUAAUAAAAUCUCAUUUUUCCCUUUUGAAUGACAUUUAAGAUAUUCCAAAAAUAUAUCAAGAACAAUUGAAAAUGUGAACUGUUACUUAGAGAAAAUUCGGGACACUGUGAUGUAAAAUAAUUUUUUCGAUUGAUAAAUUAAAAAAAAUCA